GUUGGUGAUAGGUAAGUAGCGUGAAAGUACAAAACCCGCACACAAAUCCUUUCUCCAUACCAUGUCCUUCCCUUCCCUUCCCAUUCUUCCAUUCCAUGAAUUUCUUAUUGUUGCAUUACUAUUACUAUUACUUUUCUUUCUUCAAUGUUCAUUCAUGUUCACAUUCACAUUCAUUCAUAACUAACAAAAAAACAACAAAUCACCGCACCGCACACUAACUAACCGAACCGAACCAAACCAAACCAAAAGUUUCUACUUCUCUGUAACAACCAACUUUCUCGUAACUCACAAAAACACACUCACUCCUCAACCAUAAUCAAGACAGAGAGAGAGAGAAACAAACUUUCACUGCUCAAAAUGGGAGAUAAUAUCUCUAAUUCCUCAUCACAAGAUGAAAUCUCUCUUUUUCUCCGUCAAAUUCUCCUCCGUUCAUCUUCUUCUUCUUCCAUGCCCGGAUCCAACCCACUUCAAGAUGGGAACAUCUCACUCUUUGAUUCCACUUUCAGACCAAACCAUCCUUUAAAUGUCUCUUCAUCUUCUGUUGCUGGUGGAGGAGGAGGAGGAGGAGGACUCAGUGGUAAUGAUACUGAUGAAUAUGACUGUGAAAGUGAGGAGGGUGCUGAAGUAUUGACCGAAGAAAUUCCAAGAAAGUCUGGUGCUUCUAGGAGUUCUUCAAAAAGAAGUAGAGCAGCUGAAGUUCAUAACUUGUCUGAAAAGAGAAGAAGGAGUAGGAUCAAUGAGAAAAUGAAGGCUUUACAAAAUCUAAUUCCUAAUUCUAACAAGACUGAUAAGGCUUCAAUGCUAGAUGAAGCUAUUGAAUACCUUAAACAGCUUCAGCUCCAAGUACAGAUGCUGUCAUUGAGAAAUGGAUUGAGUUUGCAUCCCAUGUGCUUUCCCGAAGGCUUGCAUUCUCUUCCAUUUUCUAGGAUGAGUACGGAGUUGAGUGAAGGAAACAGGUCUGCCCCUUUAAACAUGGCAUCUACUCUGCCUCAUCCCCAAGACAAUCCCUUGCUCUAUGCAUCCAAUCUACCUAACAAAAACACAUUGCUGAGUCAGCCAUCAAUGUCCUCCUAUCCUUCAUAUAUUAACAACGCAGAAACUUCUUUCGGUCUAGAAUCCCGUAUUCCAGCACAGAAAAAACGUCUUCAACGAUCUUCAGAGGCAAUAGAUGGUGAAGACAUGUUGCAGCACCAGCAAUUGAAUCCAAUCUAUUCUGCUACCAAUCUAGGUGGUUCUCAAGUUGCCAAAGAAUUCGAGUCAGGCACAGCGGCUACACCUACUACUAACAAUUCUCUGCAAACGUGCAUCACCGGAAGAGAUCAGGCAGGAGCAAUCAUGAGAAAUACCGAGGCCAACAUUAUAUUUUCAUCGCAGUUAAGUAGGUAAAUGGUAUUAGUAACUAGGAAACGGAAAGGAAAAAAUAUAAAAUCAGAUUUUUGAAGUUUUUGAUGCUUCCAAAACUUUUUUGAUUUUACUUUCCUCAUACAAAUAGGAAUCCCUUAAGCAUUUUGUGGUGUUAGUAAGUGAAAAACAAGACUCUUGCCUAUCUAACUUUGGAGAUUAAUUUAUGCUCAGCUACUUAAGUUGGUAAAUUAUCUAUAAUGUAUGUAUCCUAUUAACUACUAAUUGUUGUACCAGGUAUAUAAGGAUUAAUGUAAAACCUUCUAUGAUGAUUUCAGUUUAAGAUAAUGUUUAUUGCCCA